ACGACUCAUUCGUCGCACGCUGUCAGAGCACAACGGUCCUGUCUGCGCUGUACGAGUACGGAAUUCGAGUUCUCCAGUAUGUGCAAAUUUACCAAUCGCUUGUUCGUCUUUGCCCUGCUGCUGCUGGCUCUGGGCGAGGUGCUGCUGGCACUGCCCGCAUUGGCCAAGGGUCGUCCCCCCGGUAGCACACGAAAUGUGGUCAACGAUCUGCUGGAGUUCUUGUAUGACGACUACACUGAUAACGAAUUUCAACGGGAGGAUAUCUACUAUGAUCAGCGGCAGAAGGGACUCGAAAAUUUGCAGUUGAAUAUGGAUGGUCUCGUCGUAGCUGCGGCACCCGAGACGACUCUUCACUCGCUGUAUUUGAUGGCCGAGCAGUAUUUCCGCAUGGGCGAAACGCUUCGCAAUUUUACUCCAGAUCCAGACGAAACUCAAUUGUACGAAAAGGAUCAUAUCAGAGAGCCAGAAUCCACCGCUACAGAGGACCAUACCAUAAUUCCAGAUCCAAAAACUGACAUCGAAAGCAGACAGCAGCAAAUUGUGGCACCACAAAACGCUAGCCGUCGCCAAUCUCAAUUGCUGGAAUUGCUGAAGAAGCUUAAAAGCAGAAAGAUCUAAAGUUAUUCUGAAUCUAUAAUUAUACAUUUAUAAAAAAUA